CCUCUCCGCAGGUGCCGGCCGGAUCGAGCUGUGCGCGGGCCUGGUGGAGGGAGGAACAACCCCGAGCAUGGGGCUCCUGCAGGUGGUGAAGCAGUGCGUGCGGGUCCCUGUGUUCGUCAUGAUCCGGCCUCGCGGCGGAGAUUUUCUCUACUCGGACCGAGAGGUGGAGGUGAUGAAGGCCGACAUCCGCCUGGCCAAGCUGCACGGUGCGGAUGGGCUGGUCUUCGGGGCCCUCACUGAGGAUGGACGCAUCGAUACAGAGCUCUGCACGGCGUUGCUGGCUGUUUGCCGGCCCUUGCCAGUCACGUUUCACCGAGCCUUCGACAUGGUGCACGACCCUCAGGUGGCACUGGAGACUCUGAUUUCUCUGGGGUUUGAGCGGGUAUUGACCAGUGGCUGCGAUAGCUCAGCACUGGAAGGAUUAUCCUUGAUUAAGAAACUCGCAGAACAGGCAAAGGGCAGAAUUGUCGUAGUGCCAGGGGGUGGCAUCACAGAGCGCAACCUGCAAAGGAUUCUGGAAGGCUCUUCUGCUUCUGAGUUUCACUGCUCUGCUCGCUCAGCGCGGGAUUCAGGGAUGAAGUUCAGAAAUCCAAAUGUUGCCAUGGGAGCGUCGUUCUCUGCCCCUGAGUACUCUAUUAAGGUGGCGGAUGUGGCUAAAGUGAGGACCCUGAAUGCCAUUGCAAAGAACAUUCUGUAGUGGAAAGCACUGUGCUGGAACAAGAGCACCAAGACUCCAGAGUUUUUCCUGCCAUGUGGACAGCUGUGUACUGCUUCCGUCCUCAGGCUGCGGAGGAUGCAAAUUAGGUGACAAAGCCUGAUGUUUCUUCCCUUUGUUUCCCCUGAGUGACCAGUCCCUGGCCUGGAAACUUAUAUUGGCCAUUUUAAAUGAAAGGACUCAUUCUUGGAUGUGAUGGCAACAAGCUGCUCAGCUCCUUGUAUUUAGAGAGAAAGGGAGCUGAGCAAGUAUGGGAGAAUGAAUUGUGUAGCACUGCAUGUGACUGUCAAAUAAACGCUGCAGCUGCUCCCCUCUUACUCCGUUUUUACUGUUUUGUUGUUUGUUUUGAAUUUGUUUUACAGAUGGUACUGUAUGCUCCAUUUUGCAUGGUUUGGUACAGCAUGCUUUGGCAUCAGUUCUAGAUACAUACUGCAAAUGGAAAAGUCCACGUUAGCUCGUCUGUGUAACAUGAGGCAGUGUGUACAGGAGAUAGAAACAUUUCCUGAGAACAAAGUAAUAGCAGAUAAGCACUCAGUUAAGAACAUAACUCAAACCCUAGUCGUGUGUCAGGAGGGCCAAAUGUGAGAGCAACAGAAGAGAGGUAAGAGUCAGAUGAGGGGACGCUGAAUUAAUCAUUCUUCUGCUGCACCAAAAGAGAAAAUGAUUACAUUCAAAAUGCCAGGAAGGGAAACAGACAGAGCUGGAAGACAAAGUCUGCUUGUGUCAACCAGUAGGAUAGCUGAGGAUUAGAAACCCAGCAUCUCUUAGUUAAAAAGAAGCACAUCAAAGCUGUUCGUAUGUAGAGGUGACGAGCCUACAUGGCAAGAAGCUUCUACUGCCUGACUGAUGGGGUGAGCUAGCUGUGAGCCAACUUGGCCUACAGAUGAAAGAGGUCAAGGGGAGGGGAGGGUAUAUGGUGAGAUUCCUUGGGAAGCCGAGGUACUUUUUCUCAGGGAGUUUCCAGGUCCUUUUCCUAACACAUCUUCACAAGCAUCUCCUUAUUCUUCAGACAGUGUGUGAGAGGAAAAGUGUCUGUGGGUUUAUUGCUGACUAGUCAGAAUCAAAGGUUAGGCUUCUUUUGGUUUUACCUUAACGGAAUCAGAUAGUUGAAAACCUAUAGCUAAAGACUAUAACUUCAGAACUUCAUGUCAGAGAGUGUAUCCCCUUUUUCACAUGGAUCCAUCAGAGGUAUCAAUGUCUCUCAAAACACAUCUUGGGAACAUAGAUGGCAAUUCUCAACAUAUGAACUGGGAAAAUAGCUGCAUAGCGUGGGGUCAGUGCUGGCUGAUGUGCACUCAGUAGGAAGGAUUAAAACUUGGUAGAAGUGAUUUCACUUACGGUUAAUUGGGUUUAAGAGUUUGUGGCUUAUGUUGUAUGAUUUCUUGAGUCAUGCUGAUAUCUGUAACUCAAUUAAUGUAUUAUGCUGGCGCAGCCUUCCGCCAUCAUAUAUAUAGUUUGGUUCUUUUGUGUAAAGUUCUGUUUGUUUUAAAAAGGCUUCUGAACUCAAAGGAGUUGAACACCAUAAGAAAGCAAAGAAAUAAACUUCUCAGAGAUUA